AUGUGGCAUUUUUUGGCGCGAAACAAACAGGCCGCGGCCAUGUUGGCGAUUUUGACGGCUGCUGCGUUAGUUGUCAUAUUUUUGGCAACUAAGGGCUCAAGUUAUAAUGUUGUAGAAAGAAUUCACGAGGAGACGAAGGAUCUCAGUGAAAGUGCUGAGAUAUUUUCAACUUUUACCCUCCCAUCCGACGACCACUUCAUGCCGUCUGUUGGCAACGGUCAUAUUGCUACCAACGUCUUCAGCGACACAGUAUACAUGAACGGGGUCUACAAUGGACGAAAGGGGGAAAGUCGUCGCGCGAGAAUUCCGGCCUGGGCAAAUGUCAGGCUCAAUUCGACACUUACACAAACUCCAGUCUACAGUUUGAAUACAAAACACGGAGUUUUCACAGUGACGGUAGACAGAGAGAGGUCGAUAAUAACUCAAAGGAUUUUCGCUCAUAGGUACUACACGAGGGCUAUUGUGAAUCAAAUUCGCGUUGAGCCUAAACGGAGAAUAGAUCCCAACCACAUUCACCACGAGAUCUGGAUUGCUAUUAAGCUUAUGCCAGGCGCAGACAGCAAGGACAUUGAGUUUCCGUCGCCUACACCAGAAUUUAUAAACGGGCGUUCAGUAUGGAGCGCAUGUGGAAAAACUAGGGUCUCUGAGGACCCUGAGUAUCAACCGCUUCCUGUAAACGUCUGUGCAUACUGGACAUCCGUACCCAAUCACUUAGUCGUUCCUCAUCAUCAGCCCAGGGUAUUCACGUUUGUUAUGACAGCGGAUAAGAAUGAAACUGUUGCGAGGCAGGAAUUCAUCAAAGUUUUACAGGAGGAUGGUGAAGAGCUAUAUGAUAAACACGUUGACCAGUGGCAGAAGUUAUACCGAGAAGCCAGCAUGGAAAUAGAUGGAAAUCUUCAAUUGGCAAAAAUUGUGAAUGGCAUCUGGUACUAUUAUUUAAGCUCUCUACCAUCGAUUGAGACUUACCAACCAUCUGAUAAAUACUACGGCCUAAGCCCUACAGGUUUGGCGAGAGGAGGGUCCUUCGAAGACUACGAAGGUCACAACUUCUGGGACACAGAGAUGUGGAUUUAUCCAAACAUUCUUCUCCUCUAUCCGGAUUAUGCCAAGGUGUUACUCCAGUACAGGUUAGAAAAUGCCUAUGUGGCCGCGGAACUGGCUAAAAUAACUGGCAAUAAGGGAUACAGAUUCCCAUGGGAAAGCGCCUUCACUGGAGGAGAAGUGACUCAACCGUGCUGUCCUGAAGUAGCAGAAUUCGAACAGCAUGUGACUGGUUGCAUAUCCUUCGCUGCCAGGCAGUACUUGGCUGUUACCAGGGAUGAAGACUGGCUACAGCACGGAGGAUGUUCUAUUGUGACCAAUAUAGCUGAGUUUUGGGCGUCACGAGCUGUAAUUAACUACACGACAGGCCUUUACGAUAUAUCGAAUGUUAUGGGCCCAGAUGAAGACCACAGCAACGUGACAAAUUCUGUAUUCACGAAUGUCGUCGCCGGAUACUCCUUGUACUUAGCACAAUAUGUAGCGUGCCUUUGCCAAUCUUAUUACGAAGCAAAAGAACCGGAUCGCUGGGCUGAUAUCGCUUGGAGUCUGGCCUUACCCUACGACACAACUUUGGACUACCACCCCCAAUUCGCAGGGUACAAACGAGGUGACGUCAUCAAGCAGGCAGAUGCCGUGCUCCUGGGAUAUCCUUUACAGUAUCCCAUGAACAUAUCGACCAGAGCAAAUGACUUAUUAUACUACGAAUCUGUCACAAGAAACAGCGGACCAGCAAUGACUUGGAGCAUGCAUGCAAUAGGCCAGCUACAGCUCGAAGACAAUUUAAAAGCAGCAACACUUUUCAAUAGAAGCUAUGAGGCAUAUGUCCGGGAGCCUUUUAAAAUAUGGAGUGAACUACGAAGACCAGAUGUAGGCGCCGUCAACUUCUUUACUGGAAUGGGGGGGUUCCUACAAGCAUUGUUAUUUGGAUACGCGGGAAUAAGUGUACAUUUGGACAAAAUGGUUAUUGCAAAACCGCAGCUUCCACCCGAGGCGACCAAGUUCAAAAUAAGAGGUAUCAAAUAUUUAGGAGCGCACCUGACCUUAGAGAUGCAAGUAGCUGGAACGACGUUGAGUGUCACAUCACUGGACGAUCAGUGGCCCCUCACCAUGUUCAACGGAAAAUAUAAUAUUACUCUUGUACCAGGACUUACCGUGACCCUUGUCGGACCGGGACCAUUCACUAUACAUUCAGUGCAUUGGAAAGAUUGUAAACUACCAGCAGACGUAAUUGGCCAAAAUUAUUUAAGACCUAUUGGUUCGUGA